GGUAUGGCACAUUAGCGAUUGUUAUUGAGGUAAAUUCCGGUAGAGACGUGAGAUAUAAUUUCGAGUCGUAAUUCUACAUAUCCUUAUCAUUUUGUGUAGAUGAGACAGCCUUGAUUAGUCAGAACAUCUUCCGACCGAAGUAACCCCCAAACAAUAACGAACAUGUCAGCUGUUCAGGGACCUCCCCCACAAGAAGAUAAAAGCCAAGAAGCUGGAGGGAUGCAAGCUCCACCCCCUUACACCCAAGCUGCGGAGCCAUCCAGUUACCCCACCAAUCCUGGCUAUCCAACUCAACCUCCACCAGCAUCAGGCUAUCCUGUGCAGCCUCCUCCUGCUGCUGGCUACCCAGCCCAGCCCCCUCCUGCUGCCGGUUACCCAGCCCAGCCCCCUCCCAUGACUGUACCGCCCUACACUGGUCAACCACAGGGAGUUGAUCCUAGCAACGUGGUGAUUGUUAAUCAGCCUGGUGUAGUGGUCCAUCAUCACCUUUUAUUCCGAGAUGUUCCAGUGGCUUGCACAUGUCCUAAUUGUCACAAUCAAGUGACGUCUAACGUCCGUCGGGAGGUUGGAGGACUUACUCUCCUCAUCAUGGGGGCGCUCUGCAUCUUUGGACUGUGGCUUUUCUGUUGCUUGAUUCCACUGUGUAUCGAUGCCUGCAAGGAUGCUGUCCAUACAUGCCCUGUGUGCAACCAUCAGUUAGGCCGCUGGAAUCAGCUUUAGAAGCGAGACCCGCCACCACAACUCCCAGAUCAAAGUCAACCAAGUACUAGGUCACUCACUCCCCUCUGCCUGAGGCCCAGGACCAAAAUUCAGUCCCAUUUAGAUUCCCUGCUUUAUCAUCAGAAAGACCCAGAUGCAGGACCAGGAACACAUGAGAAACCCUGUGCAUAGUACAUGUACCAUCAAAUAGGAAGAUGGAUGAUGGAUUGUAAUCUUCAAAAUAAAUAAUUUUCUGGAUGUCUGUUAUUGUUUUCCUUGGCUUGUAAAAUAGAUUUCUUUUUUCUUGAUGGCUGUGGGACAUAUGUACUUCAAUUAAAACAUUGACCGUAUAAAGAAAAUUGAUCUGGGGCCUGUUGUAGAAAGAGUUGCAAUCAAUCGCAACUCUCAAAAUCAUGCGCAACUUGAUUUUCAACCAAUCAACAGCACGCAUUUUGGACUUGCAAUUGAUUUUUUUAACUUGCGUUUAAACGCAACUCUUUCUGCAACGGACCCCUGGUUUGCUAAACUGUUAGCAAUUGUACAGAAUGAUCAGACUUAAUACAGGUAUACCAAAUGAAAGUGAACAAAAAUAUGUUUUUAAAUGCUCUGACUAGAAUUUAUAUAUUUUACAGCCUCCUAAGUUUUGGUGAAUCCCCUAAAAUUGGCUGUUACUAUUCCAUUUUACAUGUAAUACAUGAUGUGAAUGGAUAUUAUGGUGUGGAUGAUGGAAAAUAUUCAUGUUUUCGUGGAUGUAUUUUGUGAUAUUUGAUUGGGAAUCUGAUCAAAGUGAAAAAUAUCUGUGCAUUUUUUUACUUUCGAAAUAUAUAUAAAUCCACUUUUCAAGUACGAAAUGUGCAGAAAAAUUGCAGGAUAUGAUCUUUGUAUGUAGAUUUCUGGUAGUCAUUUAUUGAAUUUGUAUUCAAAGUGUCCUUUUAAAGAAAGAAAAAUUGUACUAAAGGGGAAAAUAACAUAAAAAUUCUAAUUUUCAAUCAGUGGCGGAAAAAAAAAUCCAUGGCCACUAAUUAUGUGUAAGACUAGAGUGUAAAAUAAUGCUCAAGUAUCCCAUAUAUUUGACCAAAAGAUGGGCUUUGAUAUUUUAUGGUGAUGUAUGUUAGAUGAUAUGUAUCAUAUCUUUUCAUUCUAAUGUAGCAUUAAUGUUCUGAAGCAUAGUGAACAAGCUUUAUCAAGUCGUAAAAAAGCAUAGAGGUAUUCAACUUAGCUCAAAUGAGUCUUGUUUUAUGAAACUAUGCGUACUACUAUAACUCCACUUAAUAUGCAAAAGGAGUUUACAUUUCUAUUUUACAGAGAUGA